ACCUAACUGAAAAGUACAAUCCUCGGCAUGGAUGCCAUGGUAUAUGACCAUUUGGGCCUUGGGCUCGAAUCUCUCGAGAACGAAAUCGCGUGAAGUUUAAUAAAACAGAAUCCAGCAAACAAAAAACGACGUCGCAGGAGCUCCCAUCCACCGCAGAGCGGAAGAGAAGAAGAAAAUGACAGAGGGUGGUUGUUGUACGAAUGUGAUGAAUAGCGGAAUCAGAGCACUAGUGGAAGCCAUUCACUCUACUCCCACUCAGUCCGUUCUCUAUCUCUCCGGCGGAGCCUCUCAGGCGGUGGCGUGGCUGCUCUCCGUUCCCGGGGCCUCAAGUACAGUCCUGGAAACUGUAGUGCCUUAUUCCCGAAUGUCUAUGAUCCAAUUACUCGGCAAGAUUCCGGACAAGUUUUGUAGCCAGCACACUGCUGAAGAAAUGGCUCUGUUGGCUUACAAUCGCGCUCUCAAGCUCUCCUCACCAGGUUCCCCAGUUCUUGGUGUGGGUUUCACUGGUUCUUUGGCUAGCUCACAUCCAAAGCUCGGGGACCACAGGUUUUAUUUGUCAACAAGGACAUCUGACAGACUCUCGGUAUCGACAGUGACCCUUUCCAAGGGUUUACGAAACCGAGAGGAAGAAGAUAUGGUUGCAAGUCAUCUUGUACUCAAGGCAAUUGCAAAUGCGUGCAAAGUUCCCGGAACAUUUGUUUCAGAUCUCACUGAAUCUGAAGUGCCUGAUGAAUGUGAAAAACAGUUCAGCGAAGAUGAAGAAUUAGAGCAACUUAUAAAUGGGCAAAUAUGCUUCAAGGUUUAUCCCUUUUCAAGUGAGCCAUCUGUGCCAAUUGCAGAAAGAAGGAUAAUACUGUCUGGUUCUUUUAAUCCAUUACACGAAGGUCACUUCAAGCUAUUGGAGGUUGCUUCCAGCAUCUGUGGUGACGGCUACCCAUGCUUUGAACUAUCUGCAAUCAAUGCUGACAAACCUCCACUUUCGAUAUCACAAAUCAAAGAUCGUGUCAAGCAAUUUCAAAAAGUUGGAAAAACGGUAAUUAUAUCCAAUCAGCCAUAUUUUUAUAAGAAAGCUGAACUCUUCCCAGGCAGUGCAUUUGUGAUUGGUGCUGACACAGCAGCAAGGCUGGUUAAUCCCAAAUACUAUGACGGGGACUAUAGAAAGAUGCUAGAUAUACUUCUUGGAUGCAAGAAAACAGGGUCCACUUUUCUUGUGGGCGGUCGUAAUGUAGAUGGUGUUUUCAAGGUGCUGGAAGAUUUUGAAAUUCCGGAAGAGCUAAGAGAUAUGUUCAUUUCAAUUCCACCAGAGAAGUUCCGGAUGGAUAUAUCCUCCACGGAAAUCAGGAAAAAACUUGGAAAAUAAAUACGCUGUGGAAAUUUGGCUUCUGCCUACAAUAUUUGAUUGUGACUUAUGUGUUGCUGACUUAUGUGUAGCAUGCGUGAAUAAAAAUGCGAUUAAAGAGUGUCCAUAUGCUUAUCUUAUACCCAAAAGGUUUUUUCUAGUUGUGCUUAAGAUGAGAUAUACAUUGCAAGUAAAAUGCCAGUCUGACUGGCAUCUUAAACUAUCUUUUACAGGAAUGUAUAUUUUGCCUAUUGGUUG